AUGACAGAAUUGGACAGAGCCAUUUGUAUGGACAUUGGUUUCGGCAACAUUCGUGCAGGAUUUGUUUGCAGGGAUGCUCCACGGGCUGUCUUUCCUCCCUAUAUUGGCAGACCAAAAAUAAAGGGAAUGAUCAUUCCUGGCAUGAAGAAUGUUUUUGUGGGUGAUGAAGCCGUCAUUAAGAAGGCCAUUCUCAAACUUUCCAAACCAAUGGAUCGUGAUGUGAUUACAAAUUGGGAUGAUAUGGAAAUUUUAUUUGAACAUGUGUUUUUUAAUGAGCUUAGGGUUGAGCCUGAGAAUCAGGGAAUAAUUUUGGGAGAAGGUUGUUUUAAUCCGAAACAAAAUAGGAGAAAGUUGGCUGAGAUGUUAUUUGAAAAAUUUAAAGUUCCACUUAUGAAUAGUUGUCCGAAUGCAUUGCUGGUAUUGAUUUCGUCUGGAAGAUCGAGUGGAGUUGUUUUGGAUUGUGGAGAGGGAACAUCUAGUUCAGUACCUAUUUAUGAGGGAUGUAUUAUUCGAAAUGGAGUAAGAAGAAUGGAUUUAGCGGGCAAUGAGCUAACAGACCACAUGGAUAAACUGUUAAAAGAUAGUGGUAAUACUUUCAGAGAUCGAAGUUUAGUCACAGAUAUUAAGGAAAAAACAUGUCGUGUUGCAUUGGAUUUUGAAAGAGAAUUGAAUGAGGAAUGUUCUGGGAAAAAUUAUGAGCUACCUGAUGGAAAUAAUCUGUGCAUUAGAAGUGAAUGCAUCAAGUGCCCAGAAAUAAUGUUUCAACCAUCAAUGAUUGGAAUGGAUUUGGAUGGCGUUCACAAAAUGGUAAUUGACUCGAUUAAUUCGAAUACUGAUGCCAAAAUGAAAAACAAGUUUUUUGAGAAUAUAAUAUUGAGUGGAGGAAGUACAAUGUUUGAUGGAUUUUCAGAGAGAAUUUUGAAGGAAUUGAAUCAAUUAGCUUUUGAUAAUAAGGUUAAAGUUGUUGCACCUCCAGAAAGAAAAUAUUCAGCUUGGAUUGGUGCUAAUAUCUUAGGAUCCCUUUCAACUUUUGAAUCCACCUGGAUUAGAAGUGAAGAGUAUGCUGAAUAUGGAAGUGGAAUUAUCAACAGAAAGACAUGCUAUUGA